AAAUGGUGCGACAGGAGGAGCUGCAGCUGCGGCCGCAGCGCCCCGCAAGGAGAAGCUUGAGGCGGCUCCUGGCGUCACCCAGAGGGAGCGACUGAACGAACAGAAUCCGGCGCGGGCGGGCGGCGGCGGCGGCGGCGGGCGGGCGGCGAGGGGGAGCCCGCUCCGAGUGCCUUCGCUCCCCGCCGCGCUCCAUGAACCGGGCGAAAUAAGCCGCGCCUCCAGAAGGGGCUGCGCCUCCAUGAAUCCCUAGCUUUUUUUUCUUUCGCUCCCCGCUCCUCACCCCCCACCCCGCGUCCCGUCCCGCCUUCUCCCUUCGCCAGCGGCGGCCGCGGCCAGGUGCGGAGUCCAGAGCGGAGCGCAAUGGCGUCCAACCCCGAACGGGGGGAGAUUCUGCUCACAGAGUUGCAGGGAGAUUCCCGGAGUCUUCCAUUUUCUGAGAAUGUGAGUGCUGUUCAAAAAUUAGACUUUUCAGAUACAAUGGUGCAACAGAAAUUGGAUGACAUCAAGGAUCGAAUCAAGAGAGAAAUAAGGAAAGAACUGAAAAUCAAAGAAGGAGCUGAAAAUCUGAGGAAAGUCACAACAGAUAAAAAAAGUUUGGCUUAUGUGGACAACAUUUUGAAAAAAUCAAAUAAAAAAUUAGAAGAACUGCAUCACAAGCUACAGGAACUAAAUGCACAUAUUGUUGUAUCAGAUCCAGAAGAUGUUACAGAUUGCCCAAGGACUCCAGAUACCCCUAGCAGUGACCCUCGUUGUUCCACUAGCAAUAAUAGAUUGAUGGCUUUACAAAAACAAUUGGAUAUAGAACUUAAAGUAAAACAAGGUGCAGAGAACAUGAUACAGAUGUAUUCAAAUGGCUCUUCAAAGGAUCGGAAACUCCAUGGCACAGCUCAGCAGCUGCUCCAGGACAGCAAGACAAAAAUAGAAGUGAUACGAAUGCAGAUUCUUCAGGCAGUCCAGACCAAUGAAUUGGCUUUUGAUAAUGCAAAACCUGUCAUAAGUCCUCUUGAACUUCGGAUGGAAGAAUUAAGGCAUCAUUUUAGGAUAGAAUUUGCAGUAGCAGAAGGUGCAAAGAAUGUAAUGAAAUUACUUGGCUCAGGAAAAGUAACAGACAGAAAAGCACUUUCAGAAGCCCAAGCAAGAUUUAAUGAAUCAAGUCAGAAGUUGGACCUUUUAAAGUAUUCCUUAGAGCAAAGAUUAAAUGAACUCCCCAAGAAUCACCCCAAAAGCAGUAUUAUCAUUGAGGAGCUUUCACUUGUUGCAUCACCAACACUAAGUCCACGUCAAAGUAUGAUAUCUACACAGAACCAAUAUAGUACACUGUCCAAACCGGCAGCACUAACAGGUACUUUGGAAGUUCGUCUUAUGGGCUGUCAAGAUAUUCUAGAGAAUGUCCCUGGACGGUCAAAAGCAACAUCGGUUGCACUACCUGGUUGGAGUCCAAGUGAAACCAGAUCAUCUUUCAUGAGCAGAACAAGUAAAAGUAAAAGUGGAAGUAGUCGAAAUCUCCUAAAAACCGACGACUUGUCCAAUGAUGUCUGUGCGGUUUUGAAGCUAGAUAAUACUGUGGUUGGUCAGACGAGCUGGAAACCCAUUUCCAAUCAGUCAUGGGACCAGAAGUUUACACUGGAACUGGACAGGUCACGUGAACUGGAAAUUUCAGUUUAUUGGCGUGAUUGGCGAUCUCUGUGUGCUGUAAAAUUUCUGAGGUUAGAAGAUUUUUUAGACAACCAACGGCAUGGCAUGUGUCUCUAUUUGGAACCACAGGGUACUUUAUUUGCAGAGGUUACCUUUUUUAAUCCAGUUAUUGAAAGAAGACCCAAACUCCAAAGACAAAAGAAAAUUUUUUCAAAACAACAAGGCAAAACAUUUCUCAGAGCUCCUCAAAUGAAUAUUAAUAUUGCCACUUGGGGAAGACUAGUGAGAAGAGCUAUUCCAACAGUAAAUCAUUCUGGCACCUUUAGCCCUCAAGCCUCCGUGCCUGCUACAGUGCCAGUGGCUGAUGUACGCAUCCCUGAACUAGCACCUCCAGCUGGUGAUUCUACAGUAACCAAAUUGGACUUUGAUCUUGAACCUGAACCUCCUCCGGCCCCACCACGUGACUCUUCCCUUGGAGAAGUAGAUGAAUCUGCUGAAUUAAGAGAUUCGGAUACACCGAGACAGGAUUCAGAAGCUGUUUUUGCUAUUGAGAAUGACAGAAAUAGUAUACUUCCAAAAUCUCAAUCUGAAUAUGAGCCUGAUAUUCCUCAACCAGGCCUAGGAUACAGUGGUGUUCGAGAACUUGAGGAUAGAAGAUCUCAACAGAUGUUUCAGUUUAAUCUCCAAGACUUCAGAUGUUGUGCUGUCUUGGGUAGAGGACAUUUUGGAAAGGUGCUUUUGGCUGAAUAUAAACACACAAACGAGAUGUUUGCUAUAAAAGCCUUAAAGAAAGGAGAUAUUGUGGCUCGAGAUGAAGUAGACAGCCUGAUGUGUGAAAAAAGAAUUUUUGAAACUGUGAAUAGUGUAAGACAUCCCUUUUUGGUGAACCUUUUUGCAUGUUUCCAAACCAAAGAGCAUGUUUGCUUUGUAAUGGAAUAUGCUGCCGGUGGGGACCUAAUGAUGCACAUUCAUACUGAUGUCUUUUCUGAACCAAGAGCUGUAUUUUAUGCUGCAUGUGUAGUUCUUGGGUUGCAGUAUUUACAUGAACACAAAAUUGUUUAUAGAGAUUUGAAAUUGGAUAACUUAUUGCUAGAUACAGAGGGCUUUGUGAAAAUUGCUGAUUUUGGUCUUUGCAAAGAAGGAAUGGGAUAUGGAGAUAGAACAAGCACAUUUUGUGGCACUCCUGAAUUUCUUGCCCCAGAAGUGUUAACAGAAACAUCCUAUACAAGGGCUGUAGACUGGUGGGGCCUUGGUGUUCUUAUAUAUGAGAUGCUCGUUGGUGAGUCUCCCUUUCCUGGUGAUGAUGAAGAGGAAGUUUUUGACAGUAUUGUAAAUGAUGAAGUAAGGUAUCCAAGGUUCUUAUCUACAGAAGCCAUAUCAAUAAUGAGAAGGCUAUUACGAAGAAAUCCUGAGCGGCGACUUGGAGCUGGUGAGAAAGAUGCAGAGGAUGUAAAAAAGCACCCAUUUUUCCGGCUAAUUGAUUGGAGUGCUCUGAUGGACAAAAAAGUAAAGCCGCCAUUUGUACCUACCAUUAGAGGACGAGAAGAUGUUAGUAAUUUUGAUGAUGAAUUUACCUCAGAAGCACCUAUUUUGACUCCGCCUCGAGAACCAAGGAUACUUUCAGAAGAGGAGCAAGAAAUGUUCAGAGAUUUUGACUACAUUGCUGAUUGGUGUUAAGUUCCUAGACACUGUGAAACCAAGCAAACUAACUCACAAGAAGACCUCUUAACAAUAGCAACCCUUCAUUUGCUCUCUGUGCCACCAGUAGCUUCUGAGUUUUUUGUUUAAACACAUGAAGAUUUCUUUAAAAGUACUAUUGUAAAAUCUUCUUGAAAGUGGCUUCUUUUAAUGUAUUUUCAACAUAAAUCUGAGCACUGGAAACAGUUUCAUGGAGUUUAAGCGGAAUGAACAUCGGCCAUGAAAACCUAUCACAAAUGAAUACUUUUGGAUCAAUAGUCUAUUUAAAAAAAAAGAAAAGAAAAAAACACCACUCUUCCACGGUCCCUCGCUAUGCCUUAUGCCUGCCUUAAGUGGAAGGAAGAUUAAUCAUUUCACUUCAGUUAGCUAUAUUUUACAAAAAGAACAAAAAGGGUUUGGGAUGCUAUUACUGUUCACACAUAGUAAAUCUGUUCGAAUAAGGCAAAUGCUCUUAUUUUUUUAAUGAAAUUACUAUAAUAUCAAAAAAAAUGUAGUGGUAGUUUGUGCACAUUUUUUGGCUUGUUUUUUUAAAAAAAUGAAUUGAUGUCUUGUUUUAUAAAUUUUCUAUAUUUAUUAGGAGAAAAUUUUUAUCGCCUUAUCUUUACCAACCAUGUAACAGAGCCUCAUAGCUUUCCAACAGAGCUACUUGCCAAACAAUUUUUUGUUUAUUAAACCAUGCUGAAGCAAACAGGAACAACUAAACAUCAGCAUUUACUUAAAAUUUUAAGAAUGAGGACUUCUGAUUAGCCUGAACCAAGAUACUGUAUUACCUGUAUGCAUUCCCAAAGUCUAGACACUCGAUAUAUUCAAUCAUACCUUCUUCCAAAAUCAGUGGACUAAUUACUCCUUUUUUGAUAUUCGUUGUACAUUUUUCAACCCAGUUUAUCUUAUUCUUGUAUCUACUGUAGAAGGGAACUAUAUCUGUUAAAACAUAGGGAUUAUCGUUGUAUACAUGCUGUGAACAUGUAUAUGUGCAAGUUGUAAUGUAUUCUGUGUUGUAGGUUUAUUAUUUAAUUUCACCACUUCAUCACUUUUGUACAGUGGCCAAGCAGACACCUCAAACUCCAGCAUUUACGUUAAGUGCAUUUGUACAUUUUAGGCCACUGGAUCCAGAUUUUAUAUUGGCAGUUACUGAGGGCAAAAGCAAUAUAUUGUAACAGAAUGUAUAAAUAUUUUUGAUAAAACAGUCUAUAUUUUAUAAAAUUAUUAUAACACUAAAGCUGUACCUCAAAAGUCUCAAAAACCAUUUGAUCAAAUACUUUUUACAACUCUUCAGAGGAUCCAUUUGUGGCUUUUUUUAAUGCUCUUAGAGGAAAGUCUUUUGGCAAGCCAUGAUUUUUCCACUUGCCUGGAGUUUUUUGGUUUUUUUGUUGUUGUUAGUUUUUGCAUCCUUUUCCUCUCGUGUAUGACUGCAUUAUUUUUCUUUAGUUCAAUAAUAACAUCUUUAAUUCUGUGCUUAGCAUGUUAGGGUCAUCAUAUCUCAGGAAUAACAAGUUGUGAACUAACCAUACUGAAUUAGCCAUUUAAUCACAGUGAUCUCAUGUCUUAAAAAUUGUUCAAAUUUAAAUUCUAUGAGAAACAUAAAAGCACAUCGAUUUAUAGAAAGUUUAUCAAUACUUCAGCCUUGCUAGGGUGUGCUGGCAUGUUUUUGUAUACUCUGAGAACAGUUACAAUUUUUCCAAGAGUUCUUAUUUCCUUCCAAUUCUAUUAUUACCCAAGAUUCUUUGGGGGAAAAUCUUAUAGAAAGAGGGAGCAAUAAGUUGUUUAAAGUUAUUUUAAAAUGCCAGUUAAGUUCCUUGUUAAAGGACAGGAAAGGAUCUUAGCUUAAUUGUCUGGCUUUAAUUUACAGAGUGUUAACACAUUAAAAAAAAAAACACUAAAUACUUUUGAGGUACAGUCUGCUCACCUUUCCUGGUUCUCAAAUAUGCAUAGAAAGCAAUGUCUAAAAUAGGCUUUUAGCAUUAAAACCUGACAUAGCAUUAUGUAACUACACAGUGUACAGAAGUUUUUUUUUUUUUUUAAUUGAAGUCAAUCACUAAGAAAAAAUUAGAGGGCAGGGUAUAUUCACACAAUUAAGCUGAAGAAAGCACUAAUAUUUUCUGUAGUUUUUAAAAAAUAUAUAUAUUUUAGUCAGAUUUAAAAUUUUUAAACUCUAUAGAGUGUAAAUAUAUUUUGCUAUUACUGUAUGUGUAAGUGACUGCUCAAGCACUUUGUAAGGAAAUUAUUAGUAUAUUUUAGAAUGGUACACUAUGCAUUGAAAUGAAAUGUGCCUUUAUGUCAUUCUAAGAAAAAAGUGUUUUGCAGUCAUAAAUUACCACAAAUGCACAAAUUAAAGUAUAAAUAGAUUAUAAUUUGUAACUUUGGUUUUAAGUAUUAUUUCCUUUUGGAAGCUUUCUGUUCGUCAAAAUGUGUAUUAGCUCUACUAUAUUCAAGAUCUCAAAGACUAACUUUGCUUAUUAGCCUUCUUGCAAGUGUUUUUGGUCCUGGGGAAGGGCAAAAUCUGAGCGCGAACUGUCCACUUCACUGGUAGUAAUGGGGAAAGUUUGCAUUCUACCUCUGUAAGAUCAAUAGCAUCUUUUAUUCAGUGGAGAUAGAUAGAUAUAUAUAUAUAUGGGAUGCCUUCUGUGUGCUAGACAAUGUGGAUAGAAAGUUGAAGAAAAAUCAAAAUCUUAAUAAAUGAGGAAUAGUAUACAUUAAAAUUCAAGCACCAGUAAUUCAGGAUACCAGUAGUAUCCUUUUGUUUGAGGUAACUUACUUUAUUUUUAGGACCUGACCUUUCAGAAAAUAGGUAAAUGAAAACAGAAUGCUAGUCAUUAUAUAGUCCUCUUAUUCAACUAUUACAAAUGGAAUAUUUAAGGAAUAUUAGGAAUUAUUAGGAAUAUUUUAAGAUAGGUCUGUGCUAUCCCUGUAGCACAAACUGAGGUCACAGUGGAAAUUGCCAUUAUAUGUUAACUAGGUGAAAGCUGCAUUAGCGAUUCAAAUCUAACAAAAAUUUUACAGGUGUUACUGAUCUUUCCAAAGCAACUGAGGGUGAGUAUGAGAGACUCAGAGGAUCAAAUGCCAAAUCAUGGAUCUUAAUGAAAAUUCUUAUUUACUUUCUAGCUAUCUUUUGAGAUCUGCUGUAUCUCCAACUAUUGGCCUUAUAUGUAUAUAAAUAUAUGUAUUUAUAAACAUAUGUAUAUAAAUAUAUACAUAUAUAAAUAGAGAUAAGUUCUUAAAUAACUUCAAAGUGUCAAAAAUCUUGCAUGAUUUCCACUUCUAGUAUCGUGACUAAAUAGAAGCUCCCAAGACUGCCAGUAAGACACAUAAUUUGAGGCACUGCUGGUUUCAUGAAAGAAUGAGAGCACAGGCCUUGCCAUGUUCAACACUAUAUGCCCAGCAUGCAAAAUACUUCCAGAUACUACUGGUUGGUGUAUACUGUUUGUGGAAUGAAUGAGUUAAAUGUGGAACUGAAAAAGGUAAUUUUAGAUCAACUAAAGUACAAUCCUUUUACACAGCAUUUAGUUGUCAUAUACUGCUUGCUAUUAAAUCAUGAUAAUGAAAACAAAAUAGGUUUGGGGCAUCUGGCCAUCAGUUAAGUGUCUGACUUCAGCUCAGGUAAUGAUCUCAUGGGUCUUGGGUUCGCGCCCCGGAUCUUGGGUUCGAGCCCCACAUCGGGCUCUGUGCUGCAGUGCAGAGCCUGGAGCCUGCUUCAGAUUCUGUGUCUCCCUCUCUCUCUGCCCCUCCCCCACUCAUGUUCUGUCUCUCUCAAAAAUGAAUAAACAUUAAAAAAAAUUAAAAAGAAAGGCUGUUGAAUAUCUGCAAUAUCAUAUUACAAAAAGAAAAGAAAAGAAAAAAAUAGAUUUAAGUCAACUGGGAAAAAUCCGGUAAGUUAAAGGGGGGGAUUGAGGGAUAGUUGUCAAGCAUUUCUUAGUUUGGUGAAGGUAUUUGAGUUUGGUGCUAUCAUCAAGUGUAUAUUUUGGAAUUAUUUAAUGUUGCUUUGGUUAUUUAAGGUGAAAAAAUGCUAUUAUGUUAUUAUACCUAAAAUAAGAAUAUUCAGUCAUAGCCUUUUAAAAGUUGUCAUUUGUUGGGGCACCUGGGUGGCUCAGUCAGUUGAGUGUCCAACUCUUGAUUUUGGCUCAGGUCAUGAUCUCCUCUUUGUGGGAUCGAGCCCUGUAUCCAGCUCUGCACUGACUCUGCAGAACCUGCUUAAAAUUCUCUCCCUCGCCCCCUCUGCCUCUCUUCCACCCCUGCGCUACUUCUUGCUCUCUCUGCUCUCUCAAAUAAAAGUUGUCCUCUGAGGAUGACACUCCAUCUUGAAGACCUUUGAAGUGAGGCCGGUAAAAGAAACAGCAGUCUGAAUCAGAGUGGGCAUGACUUUUAAACUGGAAAUUAUGUCUAGCUUAGUUACCUAAUAAUGCCUCCGAUAAAAAUAAAACAAUUCAUAUGUAUUCUGUAAUCAGUUUCAUAAUGACCUAUGCUGAGAUGUCCAAGUCCAGAGUACAGAAAGAGAACAGGGUUGGAGAUGUGAGGGUCACUGGAUGGUAGCUGAAAUCACAGGAGUAGAUGGUAUCAUCCAAGGUUGAGUAGGACAAAAGGCAUGAGUAGAAUAGGAACACUCCACACAGACUUGAAAGUGGUUAGUUGCCAGAAGUAGGAAGACAAUGAAAAGAUUAAAGGGCUCUCGUGGAAGCCUAGGGAAAGAGUGUUUGAAAGAGGAGAAAGUGGACAAUAAUAUCAAAUAUUAAUCAGUUAAGGUGAGGUCUAAGAUGUUUCCACCUGCUUUAGCAAACAGAUAUUAUUGGGACCAUGAUGAGAAUUGUUCUACUGGUUUGCCCAGGGUUGAAAUUAGCUUGCAGUGUUUUACGAGGAGGAUGGGAGGGAAUCUUUUAAGAAGUUUGACUAUAAAGGGCAAGAAAUGCCAGGGAUUGAGGAGAUCAGGACACAGAAGUGAUUGGAAUGUGUUUACAUGUGGCUAGUAAGGAGCCAGUGAUGAGGAUUGCCAAAAUGCUUAUAAUUCGCACAGGAUCCGUGCAGUUUGGGGCCUCCAGCGUUCAUGAUGCUCAUCUUCUCUCUCAGAGAUGGGACUAUACCUAAUGACCUAAAAUGCUAAUCAUCUUCCAGAUUCUACUAAAGGAAAACAUUAAUCUUUUUCUAAUCAUCUCCCCCCAAAUCGAACUAAUCAGAUCCUCAUUUGUGCCCCCACCAUAAUCUGCAAAGAUUCUUCAUACUUUAUGCAUUUAUCUGGGUAUAUAUCUCUUUUCUCCAUAUGCAACUUUUAUUCAGAGUAGAUGCCAAGUGCACAGCACUGUGGCUGACACAGUAGGUGUUCAAUAAAUACUAAUAUAUCCUUCAUUAAGUAAUAACCUUCAUUUUUAUUUUUUUAAUAAUUUGUUAUUAUUUUUUUAAAUUUAUAUCCAAGUAAGUUAGCAUACAGUGCAACAAUGAUUUCAGGAGUAAAUUCCAGUGAUUCAUCCCCUAUGUACAACACUCAGUGCUCAUCCCAUCAAUUGUCUUCCUUAAUGCCCCUUACCCAUUUAGCCCAUCCUCCCACCUACAAUGCCCCAGCAACCCUCAGCUUUUUCUCUAUAUUUAAAUCUCUUAUGUUUUGUCCCCGUCCCUGUUUUUUUAUAUUAUUUUUGCUUCCCUUCCCUUAUGUUCAUCUGUUUUGUAUCUUAAAUUCCUCAUAUGAGUGAAGUCACAUGAUAUUUGUCUUUCUCUGACUAAUUUUGCUUAGCAUAAUACCUUCUAGUUCCAUCCACAUAGUUGCAAAUGGCAAGAUUUCAUUCUUUUUGAUUGCCAACUAAUACUCCACUUUACACACACACACACACACACACACACACACACACACACAUAUACACAUACACCACAUCUUCUUUAUCCAUUCAACCAUUGAUGGACAUUUGGGCUCUUUCCAUACUUUGGCUAUUGUUGAUAGCACUGCUAUAAACAUUGGGGUGCAUGUGUCCCUUCAUGCAGCACACCUGUAUCCCUUGGGUAAAUACCUAGUAGUGCAAUUGCUGGAUUGUAGGGUAAGUCUAUUUUUAAUUUUUUGAGGAACCUCCAUGCUGUUUUCCAGAGUGGCCAUACCAGUUUGCAUUCCCACCAGCAGUGCAAAAGAAAUCCUCUUUCUCCACAUCCUCACCAACAUCUGUUGUUGCCUGAGUUGUUCAUGUUAGCCAUUCUGACAGGUGUGAGGUGCUAUCUCAUUGUGGUUUUAAUUUGUAUUUCCCUGAUGAUGAGUGAUGUUGAGCAUUUUUUUUCAUGUGUCGGUUGCCCAUCUGGAUGUCUUCUUUGAAGAAGUGUCUAUUCAUGCAUUUCUUCACUGGAUUGUGUUUUUUGGGUGUUGAGUUUGAUAAGUUCUUUAUAGAUUUUGGAUACUAACCCUUUAUGUGAUAUGUCAUUUGCAAAUUUCUUCUUCCAUUCCGUCGGUUGCCUUUUAGUUUUGCUGAUUGUUUCCUUUGGUCUUCAGGAGCUUUUUAUUUUGAUGAGGCCCCAGUAGUUCAUAUUUGCUUUUGUUUCCCUUGCCUUUGGAAACGUGCUGAGUAAGAAGUUGCCACAACUGAGGUCAAAGAGGUUUUUUGCCUGCUUUCUCCUUGAGGAUUUUGAUGGCUUCCUCUCUUACAUUUAGGUCUUUCAUCCGUUUUGAGUUUAUUUUUGUGCAUGGUGUAAGAAAGUGGUCCAGGUUCAAUUUUCUGCAUGUUGCUGUCCAGUUUUCCCAGCACCAUUGGCUGAAGAGACUUUUUUCCACUGGAUAUUCUUUCCUGCUUUGUCAAAGAUUAGUUGGCCAUACGUUUGUGGGUCCAUUUCUGGGUUCUCUAUUCUGUUCCAUUGAUUUGAGUGUCUGGUUUUGUGCCAGUACCAUACUGUCUUGAUGACUGCAGCUUUGCAAUACAUCUUGAAGUCUGAAUAACCUUCAUUUUUAAAAUGAAGCAUCUGUGUGAUCAUACUGGAUCUUCAUAGCAACCCUGUGAAAAAGCACUAUCAGUAUUCUCAUAUUUGAAAUAAGGAACCAGAGGCUUAAGAGAGUUAAAUAACGUGUGCAAAGCACGCAGUAGGUUGGGAAAGCAAGGACUCAGACCUCAUCUGCUAGCAAGAUUCAUGCUCUUAUUCCCACCAUACUCAAUGAGUAAGUGAACAAAUGCAUGAAUGGAUGGGGAGAAAGAAAUUCAAAAGGAAAAAAUUCCCACAAAUGAACCUCUACACCCAUUGCAAACAUAACCCAUACUUAGAGAAACUGAUUGUUCAAUAAAUACUUUUUGGGGAAAAAAAAGGGAACGAUUAUAAAGCUGAAAGUAAGCGUAAACUUCCAGUCUGUCAAACACUGGAGCUCACUUAUUCUCCCUUUGUACAAAACAAAAAGGAUUAACAUUCAUCUUCUCUUUGUUCAUCUGUGAACACACUGGUCCAAGAACUUAUUGGUACUUUAAAAAGACCAAUUCUUCAUGGAAAAAGAAAAUGGCUUUUGCUUUAAAAUGAUUGCCUGCAGUGACCCCACAAACCCAUUUGUCCACUCCUACUCUAGACAUAAAGAGACACCGAGAGCCUGCUCUAUGUGCUGGGCCUAACUGCCACACAACCUAUGAAAAGAAAAGCUUACGUCCCCAAGACCACCAUAUGCUGGUAUCACGUUGAAGCCAUCUCAUGUCUGACAUAAUCUGAAAUUGUUUCUGGGAAUGUUAGGACCUCAAAUUUCCUCCAGUCAUUGAUUUAUGAUUUUAUAUCACUGUUCAAUCCCGAGAUCCAGAAAAUUUAGAAUUAGAACUUUGGAUUUGAAAUAACUCAUUGGAAUCAUCUAGUUGGGGAACCAUAUAGUGUAAUGAAUCACAGUGUAUGUCCUGGGCAGGUUACUCUCUGUACCUCAGUGUUUCUCAUCUGUAAAAUGGAAUUAGUGAUAGUCCCCGUUCAGUAAGCUUCUCUGGAACUUCCAUGACCAUAACAUUCUUGAACAGCCUUGCCCCCACUACUUCUACCACUCGCAGAAAAGAGAACUCCCUUCCAGAAAGGAUUUAGCUCCAGCUAUUAAAUGGCUAAGAGAAUCAUUGGGAGGACCAAGGAAGUCGAUGCCAGACUGAACUAGGACUAACAGCCACAGCCCCGGUGCAAGGCCAAGAACGAGUUGCUGCUCAUGCCACAAUCUAGCAGUUGUUGGAGAAUCUGGCAGCUGCUUUUGCUACACAAUAUAUACUAACAAAAUGGAUGCCGCAUGUCUUCCCCCACUUGACUCCUUUUGGAAUUCAAGUAUCAUGUGGGUGCAUCUGAUUGGUCAGAACUUAAUUUAUACCUAAAAUCUUAGCUUCAAAUAAAUCUGGGAUUGGGGGAUUUUUUAAUUUUUUUACUUCUAGCCUUCCGUCCAAGAAAGCAUUCUAGAAGGAGGUUGAAUGUUGGACAAGCCCACCCACACUAGUUGCCAUAAAGUACUAGUGAUUACUACUAUCUUGUUCAGCUCCAUCUUACAAAUGAUAAAUUUGGCUCCAAGAGAUUUAGUGAGGUUCUUCCCCUGGUUUGAUGUCUAUUCCUCUAACAUGCUGCUUCUCCAUUGACCUACAAACCCUUCAUCUAUCUGGUCUAUAAAUUUUCAUUCUAUUUCUCUUCAGGAUGUUACCUGAAAUAUUUUCUCAGUGAUUAAAUUUACAUGUUUUUUUAAUGUUUAUUUUAUUUGUUUUUGAGAGAGAGAGAGAAGAAGAUAGAAUCCUAAGCAGAAUCCACACCGUCAGCACAGAGCCCAACGCGGGGCUUGAACCCACAAACCAUGAGAUCAUGACCUCAGCUGAAACCAAGAAUCAGACACUCGACUGACUGAGUCAAUCACGUGCCUCUAAAUUUAUAUAUUUUAAUAAUUAUACUAUAUUCCACAGAUUGAUUUAGACUUGCUUAAAUCAUUCUAAAAGUUGCCUUUAUUUCCCCCUGGUCCCCUGCCGCAAGUUUUGUUGUUUUGUUUUGUUUUCAGAAUUCUAAACUGUUUCUUCAGUCUUAAGCUAAAGGCAAUCAAAAGAAAAGAAUCGAAUCCACCUUUAUUUCAGAUCACUCAGACAAAAUACAAGGUGGGCUUUUACCGAACCAGCUCAUUUUUCCUUCUGAAAUAUUUUCAGAACCAUAUUUAUAGUAAGAGUUUGAACUUUCUCUCUCGUUUUGUUUGUUUGUUUGUUUAUAUAAUCUCUACACCCAACAUGGGGCUCUAACUCAUGACACUCAGAUCAAGAGUCACAUGCUCUUCUGACUGAGUCAGCCAGGCUUCCCUGAAGUUUCUCUUUUUAACUAAAGUCUACUUCCUCUAUUCGAGAAACUUACAUUGAAUGGGAAAAGAAAUCUAAACAGUUUGGUGUUUUACCAUUUGAUCUGAAAAUAAAUAAAAUUUUAGUCAUGAUUUAUAAUCCCCCCAAAACAAAUCAGCUCUUUUUGUUACAUUCAGCCAAUUUUUUUCUUUUUUUAUUGAGGUAUAAUUGACAUAUAAUAUUAUAUUGGUUUCAGGUGUACAAUAUAAUGAUUCAACAUUGUAUAUAUUGUGAAAUGAUUGCCACAGUAAGUCUGAUUAACAUCUGUCACCAUACUUAGUUACAAAAAGUUUUUUUCUUGUGAUAAGAACUUUUAAGACAUACCUGUCUUAGCAACUUUCAAAUAUGCAAUUCAGGGGGUGCCUGGGUAGCUCAGUUGGUUGAGUGUCCAACUUCGGCUCAGGUCAUGAUCUCAUGGUUCGUGAGUUCGAGCCCCGCAUCUCACUCUGUGCUGACAGCUCAGAGCCUGUAGCCUGCUUAGAUUCUUUGUCUCCCUCUCUGUCUGCCCCUCCCCUGCUGAUGCUGUCUCCCUCUCUCUCAAAAAAAAUGAAUAAAUAUUUUAAAAAUUUUAAAAAAUAUAUGCAAUUCAGUAGGAUUGACUAUAGUCACCAUGCUGUACAUUAUAUCCCCAUGACUUACUUAUUUUAUAACUGCAAGUCUGUACCUUUUGACCACCUUCACCUAUUUCACCCACACCACUGCAACCCCCAGCUGUCCUAUCUAUGAGCUUGGUGUUUUGGUUUUUUUCCCAAAUUUCUCAUAAAAUUGAGAUUUGUCUUUCUCUGACUUAUUUCACUUAGCAUAAUGCUCUCAAGGUCCAUCCAUGUUAUCACAAAUGGCAAGAUUUCCUUCUUUUUAUGGCUGAAUAAUAUUCCUCUGUGUGUGUGUGUGUGUGUGUGUGUGUGUGUGAUUGUAUGUAUUUUUUUCUUUAUCCAUUCAUCCAUCGAUGGACACUUCAGUUGUUUCCAUAGAUUGGCUAUAGUAAAUAGUGCUGAAAGGAACAUCGGGUGCAGGUAUCUUUUCAAGUUAGUGUUUUUGUUUUAUUUAGAUAAAUAUUCAGAAAUGGAAUUGCUGGAUUAUACGGUAGUCCUAUUUUUAAUUUUUUGAGAAAACUCUCUUCUGUUUUCAAUAGUGGCUGCACCGACUCUGCAUGAAGGUUCUCUUUUCUCCACAUCCUCACCAAUGCUGGUUAUUUCUUGUCCUUUUCCACAGUCACCAUUCUGACAGGUAUGAGGUCACUCAUUGUGGUUUCAAUUUACAUUUCCCUGCUGAUGAGUGAUACUGAGCAUCUUUUCAUGUGUCUGGUGGCCAUCUGUUUAUCUUCUUUAGAAAAAUGUCUAUUCAGUUCCUCUGUCCAUUUAUUUAUUUAUUAUCUUUUUAAAAUGUUUUUGUUUUUAUUUUUGAGAGAGAGACAGCACGAACAGGGGAGGGGCAGAGAGAGAGGGAGACACAGAAUCCGAAGCAGGCUCCAGGCUCUGCACUGUCAGCACAGAGCCUGAUGCCGGGCUCGUACCCACAAACCGUGAGAUCAUGACCUGAGCCGAAGUCGGAUGCUUAACCGACAGAGCCACGUAGGCACCCCUGUUCUUCUGCCUUAAGAUUGCUUAAGGUAUUCAGAGUCUUUUGUGGUUCCAUACAAAUUUUAGGAGUGUUUGUUCUAUUUCCGUGAACAGCUGAUUUCAAAGGGAGACUUGAGAUUCAAAGAACUCUCCUCAAAGUCAAGUUUUAUGCUAUCAAAAGAAUAAAAAAAGUAACCGCUACUUUGUCCAAAAGAACUUGGGCUCCAACAUAACACAGGUGUCCCUCUGGCACCCCACAAGCAUCAUCUCUUCUCUAAGUUUAUUCCCUCCUAAUCUAGAGAACUUCCACACUCAUGCUGUCCUUUGAGACUAGGGAGUGUUUUCAAAAUCAGCCCAUGGUGGAGGCAAGAGGACCGGGACGAGCCAUCAUUUUGCCGUCUGCUAGUAGUGUGGCCUUGGACAUGUUGUUUCACCUCGCUAGUGACAUGUGAACAUUUCACCCCAGUGUCCUCAUCUGUUAAAUGGAGGACUUAUAGUUACUCAUUCAUUUGUAACCUUCCAUUUCAAACAUAGUCUUCAGUAUGACUUUAAUACAUAAGAUGACCAGAGCAGAAGUGGAGUGGGGGCCUAGUUCAUGCACAACAGGGGCCUGGACCCUAGCCCAGACACCACAGUUUAGCUGUGACCUUAAGUUUGGCAUUACUGUCUUCUAUCUGCAUAUUAGACAUGGUGGGUAUUCAGUAACUUAUUUUAUUGUAUUUUAUUUUGUUUUUACUUUUAUUAUUUAGUAACUUUAUUAUUUGAGAGAGAGCGAACAGGGGAGGGGCAGAAAGAUAGAGAAUCUUAAAUAGGCUCUGCGCUGUCAGUGCAGGGACAUCAAACCAUGCAGGCCUGGGGCUUCUCUGGAGGACCUCAGAAGCAGCUCCAGGGUGUAAAGAUCACCCUCAUGUUAACAAAUUAGGACAGUGAGAGAAGCUGAUGGCAUAGCAGGUGAGAUUUCUUUGCCACCACAGUGUGGGAGGGGUUGAAGUUCUGGGCCCAUCAUUUGGUUUUCUGGUGUCUCAUAGCCAUAGAGCUAGAAGGAACCAACAGAGGGAGUAAGAACAUGCCAGAGAAAUCUCUGACAGAGCAACCGAAUCUCUGCUUAAAUACCUGCAGUGAAGUAUUCAACAUGACUGACAUGCCUUCAUCUGAGAGCUUCAGGUGAGUUCUCCCUCCUAGACCUGCCUUUUGGAACAAUGUAGAACAAGCUAGCCUUUCCAAUAUCUCUAAAGGCACUGGGCCCAGUUCUCUUGUGGUUUCGUCACCUGUGUCAGUUUGAAACAAAUUACCUCUUGGCAGAAUCUUCAAUUCAACAAAAUGCCACUUCUCUCUGUUUUCUUCCUAAGUACCUUGCCUUCCAGUCAUCUUCCUUCUUUCUCAGAUGUCUGAAAACAUUGAUCAUUUCCAAUAGUGGCUGUGCCAGCCACAGGCUGUUGCAGAUCACAGACAGUGCUUGAGAAUUGUUCUGAUAAUGUGCAGAGGAAAAGAAAAGCUCUGUGGUCACUUUUUCCUUCUUCCUCUUUUUUAAUGUUUAUUUUUGAGAGAGAGAAACAGAGCACAAAUGGGGGAAGGGCAGAGAGCAAGCAGGACACAGAAUGCGAAGCAGGCUCCAGGCUCUGAGCUCUCAGCACCGAGCCCGACGUGGGGCUUGAACCCACAAACUGUGAGAUCGUGACCUGAGCCGAAGUCGGAUGCUCAACCUACUGAGUCACCCAGAAAUUGCCUUGCAUGGGGAAUAUCCGUAACUGGCCAAAAUGUAGCCCACACAGAAGCUGGCUUCAACUUCUUGGUGUGAUCAGCUCUCAACAAGACACAGAUACCAGUGAACGCCAACCGGCCGCUGGGAAGGGAAGAAAGGGGCCUUAAAAACAAAGAACUUCAUGUAACAAAGUGCCAAGAUCACUAUUUCUGUGUUGAUUAGAACAAACUUUACAAGUAGGAAUAAAGGAUCAGAGAAGUAAUUGAUGAAUACAUGCUUGUAAAGAAAUUCACUUAGGACUUCUGUUUGAAAGUUCCCCUAUGACAGUAAACUCAAAACUGGCUUUAGAAGGCUGAACUACUGUGCUCACUUUGGCAGCACAUAUACUAGAAGGCUGAACUACUUCUAUCAGGAUCUUCAUUAAGAAAGUGAGUAACAUAUGAAAGGAGAAAGAGAAGAGGCUUCGAGGAAUGUUACAGCUGCCGAUCAGCACAAAUUUCCCAUGUGCCGAGCUGUGCGGGCCACGCCGGACAGCAGGAAACAGGCAUGGCCCCCACCUCUUAAGAUAUAAAAAAAUUUGGUUAAGUUUUGAGGGGAAAAGAGAACUAUUCAAAAUAAUGUUUAGGUGGGACAAAAACAACUUCUAGAAAUGAAAAAUGGACAAACUCAAUUCUUAAAGUGAAUGGGAACAAAGCAUGUCAUACACAGAGUUACAACUCCACAAAUAUUUUUGUUUAUGAGCCACUUAAGAAAAUGUAGUAUUUUGCUUGUCAGUUUUGACUCUAAGAAACUGCCUCUUAAAUGUGGGUUUGGGAUAUUUACCUGCUUUGUACCUAAAAUGGAAAUACAAUGACACACUAAAACUUCAGUUUCAUCACUGCCCUUCCUGAGAAAGAAUCCUACCUUUUUGGGUCCUCUUCUCAGCGGAGGCCUGUGAGGCCAUGUAAAUGGCUGCCGCCGCCACAGAUAUCGGGCUCCUUCCAGGAACCAAGUCCAAUUCCACAGCUUUACGGGCUAUGUGUGUAGCUGCCAUCUGUACUUGUUUAGGAAGACAAAGGUUGGAACAAAACCUGGACAUGAAGUCCCCGGUUGUAAUCAAAUCCACACUGGUUUCUAGAGCUUUCAAAAUAAGUUUAAAGCAUCGACCGAUUUCUUUCUUAGAAAUUCGUGACACGGCACAUAUUUCUGAAAAAAAAAAAAAAAAUUUAAAUCCACAUAAGUCAUAUGGUUCACUAAAAAAUCAUUUCUGAUUGUAAAAUAUAUUCUAUUUGCAAAAAUGCAAUUAUGCUUUAAAUGGCCUGAUUAAAAAAUGGGCAGGGGAUCUGAAUGGAUACUUUUCCAAAGACAACAUGCGGAUGGCCAACAGGCAUGUGAAAAGAUGCUCGACAUCACUAAUCAUAGGAAAAUGCAAAUCAAAACCACAACGAGAUAUCAGCACAUGCUGGUCAGAAUGGCUAUUUUCAAAAAGACAAGAAAUAGCGAGUCUUAGGGGAGAAGAUGUGGGGGAAAGGAAACCCUCAUGCACCGUUGGUGGGAAUGUAAAUUGGUGCCACUAUGGAGCCCCUCAAAACACUAAGAACAGAAAAACCGUAUGAUCCAGCUAUUCCACUUCUGGGUAUUCAUACAAAGAAUACUAACACACUGAUUCAAAAAGAUAUAUGCACCCCUACGUUCAAUGCAACAUUUACAAAAGGCAAGAAAUGGAAACUAUCCAAAUGUCCAUCAGUGGAGAGAUGGAUGAAGAGGUGCUAUAUAAACACGAUGGAUACUACCCAGCCAUAAAAAAAGAAUGAAAUCUUGUCAUUUGCAACAACAUGGAUGGGCCUAGAGGGUAUUAUGCUAAGUGAAAUGAGCCCGAGAAAGACAAAUGGUUUCCCUUGUAAGUGGAAUCCAAAAAAACCAAAACAGACAAAUGAAACAAAAACUCAUGGAUACAGACAGCACACUGGCGAUUACCAGAGGAGAAAGGACUUGGGGAGUAGACAAAACAAGUGAAGGGAGGCAACUGUCUGAUGAUGGAUGGUAACUAGACUUUUAGUGAUUACUUCAUAGUGAUUACAGACGUCAAAUUACAGCUGACCCCUGAACAACUCGGGUUAGGGGGUGCCAACCCCCAGCACAGUCACAGCUCCACAGAGAACUCUUUAUUCCCCCAAAACUUAACUACCAAUAGUGUAUUAUCGACAGGAAGCCUUAUCGAUAACAGUCAACACUGAUUUUGUAUACGUAUUAUAGACUGUUUUUAUAAUAAAGUAAGCUAAAGAAAAUAUUAAGGAUAUUAUAAGAGCAACUACAGUACUAUAUAAAAAAAAAUCAGUGUAUAAGUGGAUGCACACAGUUCAAAUUCGUGUUGUUCAAGGGUCAAAUGUAUAAUACUGUCCACCCAAAACUCAUAUAUAGUAUACAUGGUGUGUAUAUAUAUACAUGCAUGGUAUACAACAUACCAUUUUUACUUUAGCUGUAAAGAAGUCUUUCAAACAAGUUAAAUGUAGGUUCUUAAUAUCUCAAAAUAUUAACUUCUCUGAAAUUUCAAUUCAAACAAGUUAAGUUUCCUCUAAUCCAAACUUUGUUGAUAUUUAUGUAUUAAUCUGUUAUAAGAAGUAUGUCUAUCACGGGAAAAAAAAAACAAAAAACCUCAAAGCUAAAGCGUACUUCUCAAGCUACCCAAUGUCACAUGUACAUGCAACCCCUGGGAUUAUAGGCAUAAUAACAUGAGAUCAAAUAUUCGACCCUGUUAUUCUAAAUACUAAACUACCAAACACUUUCAGACCAAAAGCCUUCGUUUUAGUUGUAAUAAUAAAAACGAUGAUGAUGAUAAAAGCCACUGCCGCAUCGUAAAGUACUCACUGAUGAAUGAAAGGUAAUGAAAAUCUUAAGCUAAAACGAACUCUGGAGGGCAAGUCAGUGUGAGCGUCACAGCCAAUAGGCUGUCAUGUAUUCGUGACUGCAAACUGGACAAAAAUACGAGUUCUCCCAAAGCCUUCAGCUUAAGUGUAAAAGUGCAAAUUGUAAACCUCGAGAAUGUUUUCUAAGGCCUGAUUCCCUCACCUGUAGAGACCUGUGCUAGGAGUGGAAAUGGUUUUCCAUGCAUCAAGGGUACACGCUUGGUAACAAAGGCUUACUCUGGCCUACGAAGCCAGGCCUCAAAGCCCACAAGAUGAAGUCAGUCAGAAGAUCUCACGAGCAAAGAACACGGAGCUUACGUGGACUAGAAUGACUAAAACAGCUGGAAAAGAACAUGGCUAAGAUCUUCUGUCAAGGAACAAAAUAAGGAGGCAUCUGGAAAUGAUACAAAGAUGGAUUACUGGAGGUAACCAGGAAGACAUGACUCAGCUAC